AUCUUAAGCAGUUCUGUGAACCAAAGUCUAGACUCCAUAAACAAACGUUUAGGAUUUAGGAUGUUUCUGGUUUUAAAACAUUCUCUGUGUUACACUAUCCAUUAAACUAAAACAUUUUCUAUAGAUCAUGGAGUGGACUUGGAGACUCAUUUUUAUUUGGGGAUUUAUCCUUCUCAGUUUCACUCUUACUCUCCAGGCAGCUAACUUGGCUCUGGGUGGAGUGGCUGCUGUGUCUUCAAUUUGGGACUCCUGGACCGCACCAAGCUUGGCAAUUGAUGGCAAUCCUGAUUCAACCUAUAGUCAUAGGAGCUGUGUUUCUACUCUGUACCAGGACAACCCCUGGUGGAGAGUGGACUUGGGGGGUCUGUAUAACAUCUCAACAAUUGUAAUCCUCCGAAGAUCCGAUUGCUGUGCUCUUGAGCUAAAAGGGGCAGAAAUCCGCAUUGGUAACUCAUUGGAGAAUAAUGGCAACAACAAUCCCAGAUGUGGAGUUGUCACCGUGACCAGUGAUGUUACCAUGACCUUCCACUGCAACCAAAUGAUAGCACGCUACGUCAACAUUGUCAUCCCUGGAGUAAAUAAGAGACUUACGCUUUGUGAGGUCAAAGUGUUUGCCUACUUUACAGGAGCUAACAUGGCUCUGGGUGGAGUGGCUGCACAGUCUUCACUUUAUUUCCCCUGGACUCUACCAAGCACGGUGAUUGAUGGCAAUACUGAUUCAAACUAUUUUGAUGGGAGCUGUUCUUCAACUCAGUGGCAGAAAAACCCAUGGUGGAGAGUGGACAUGUUGGCUCCGUAUGACAUCUUAUCAGUUGAAGUCACUCGACGUACAGAUUGCUGCAUUUAUGAUCUAAACGGGGCAGAAGUCCGCAUUGGUAACUCACUGGAGAACAAUGGCAACAACAAUCCCAGAUGUGGAGUUAUCUCUGUGACCAGUGCCGUUACCGUGAACUUCAACUGUAGCCAGAUGACAGGACGCUACGUCAAUAUUUUUAUUCCUCGAGUAGGAUAUGUUCAGCUUUGUGAGGUCAAAGUGUAUGCCACUACCAGCGUUACAGGAGUAAACGUGGCACCGAGAGGAAUAGCUACGCAGUCUGCACAACCAGCUUCUGCAGAAACUGCUCCAUCUAAGGCCAUUGAUGAAAACCCUGGGCCAGAGGCUCCACGAGACACCUGUGCCUCAGUCCCACUGCAAGACAACCCCUGGUGGCAACUGGACCUUCGGAGUAUCUACCGCAUUAGUAAUGUGUCUAUCACCAGCGACUGCUGCUCAGAGAACUUGACCGGUGCUGAGAUCCACAUUGGCCUCAGGAAUGACACCAAGAACCAGAGGUGUGCCAUCAUCUACAUUGCAGACGGACAGCAACAAUACAACUACAAUUGUGGGAUAAUGGAAGGUCGCUUCAUCCAUGUUGUUCUUCCUGGACUACAGAAGACUUUGACCAUUUGUGAAGUACAGGUGUAUGGUACUGUGCUAGAUAAUGUGGCUUUGAGAGGAGUGGCUUUUCAAUCUUCCUCAAAAUUAACCGGAUAUGAAGCCAGCAAAGUUAUUGAUGGCCAGCCGUUUUCCACCUGCAGCAUAACUGAAGACAAACCCAGUCAGUGGGUGAUGGUGGAUCUACUGGUUCCCUACAAUGUGACUGUGAUCCAACUUGCCUACAGUCAGGACUGCUGCUAUAGUAGUGAUGUUCGAGUGGACAAAACAAGCUGCAUGGUCAUCCCAAGUAGUUCACAAUCACUGGUGACCCUGGAUUGCGGUGGGAUUGUGGGUCGCUAUGUGACUGUAAUACAUCCUGACAUACCACCGCCUCUGUGUGAGGUUGAGGUCUACAGCACUUGGGAGAAUCCUCAGAAUACAUAUCCUCAGCAGCUCCCACCCAGUGAUUACUGCCUCUUUGAUUCCUGCAGCCGUGACUACAUUCUCAUUCGCAAUGAACCUAAGUCAUGGUUUAAAGCCCAGACCUACUGCAGAGAGAGGUUCACUGACCUGGCCACCAUCAGCAACGCUAACGACAUGAACAGGGUUGUUGACAAAAUGAAUAAUGACUUCAACGACUUUUGGAUUGGGCUGUAUCAGGGUAACUUAACCUGGAGGUGGUCUUUGUCAGAUGAGGGUUACUAUGGAGAUGGUGAAGCUGAGUUCAGGAACUGGGGUGUUGGUGAACCCAACGCUGAGAGUGGCAUCCAGCACUGUGCUGGCAUACAACACACGGGUGAAUGGAGAGACCUGGACUGUGACUUACCUAACUACUUCUUAUGCUUUGAUGGCAGAAACGGCACACUAGAAACCAAGAUUCUUGUGGAAACAGCAAUGAAUUGGACCGAUGCUCGACGCUACUGCAUGGUGUACCACACAGACCUGCUCAGCAUAAGGAACCCGGCUGAGAACAAUGAAAUCCAGAGCAUGGUGCCGGUAGAAAAGCUGGCCUGGAUUGGCCUUUUUGAAGACUCCUGGAAGUGGUCAGAUGGGAAUUACUCCUCAUUCAGAUACUGGUCUCAGGGACUAGUCGACAGCUUAGGAGAGAGUCCAAAAUGUGCUUAUGUCUCUGACAGGAAAUGGAGCGUAAGGUCCUGUGACACCAAAUCUAUGUUUCUCUGCUACUACUUUAAGAAGAGAUCUGUCGUGAGGAUCAAUGCUGACUUUGACAUGAGUGACCCAGUCAUCCAACAACAAAUCUUGAGCCAGUUGGAGGCAGAGAUGAAAAAAAAGGGCAUCAGUGAUUUUAAGAUCAGCUGGAGGAUGUCUGGACGUGUUUCACACAAGGAAGACAGCACAAAUUAAAAAGUGCGUGCAGCCUGAAGGGGCUGGAACAGGAGUCUUGCUUCUCGGGCUGCGGACUGAAGUUGAACAACUACUAAUGUGUGUACUUGAGGGAAUAAACAGGGAAAGAAGUAGAGUAAGAUGACAAAAUAUGCCUACAGUAAGCAAACACAGCAUGAUAAGAUUGUAUGUAAGUUGCUUUACCUAUGUGUCAAUGUCAUUUUGACACGUCAUGACUUUGUAGCCAAUUCAAAAUAAUCAUAUACACUGUAUUGUGUGAAACCAUGAAUCUUUCUGAACAUAGUGUGUUAUGUUAAAGAGUUUAACUAUGUCUUGCUCUCUCUUGUGAGAUAUU